GCUCUCGUCUCCCCACCUCGUAGGAGGGGCCCCGCGGCGCUGCUGCCCUCAGGAAGGGGGCGUGGCGGCGCCAGCCGUGCCCAUCCCCAAGCGGGGCGUGGCACUGUGGCCUCGGCUGUCAGGGCAAUGGCUCGGGUGCUGGUAGUGGGCUCGGGGUUGACCGGCGCUGCCUGCGCGGCGCUGCUGCGGUGUAGGGGCGUGGGCCGGCUCUCGGUCUGGGAUAAGGCUCGGGGCGCAGGAGGCCGCAUGAGCACGAUCCGCGGCGCGCGGGACACCGCCUGUGCCGCCGACCUGGGCGCGCAGUACGUCACCCUCGAGCCGGAGCGCGCAGGGCCGCGCCUCAGCUUCUAUGAGGAACUUCUGUCUGAAGGCAUCUUGCAACCUCUGAGUGCACCCGUCGAAGGAAUGGUAGUGAAAGAAGGUUCCUGCAAUUACAUGGCACCCCAGGGCAUGUCCUCAGUUGUCAAGUAUUACUUAAAACAGUCAGGUGCAGAUGUCUUCUAUGAGCAUCAUGUAACUUCCAUCUCUCUCCAAGAUGGGAAAUGGGAAGUUUCCAGGAAAAUGGGGCCACCAGAACAGUUUGAUAUAGUCAUUCUUACAAUGCCUGUACCACAGAUCCUUCAGCUGCAAGGGGACAUUGCAAACUUAAUUAGUGAAAGCCAAAGGCAGCAACUGGAAGCUGUGAGCUACUCCUCCCGCUACGCUCUGGGUCUGUUCUAUGAGGCUGGCAGAGACAUUGAUGUGCCCUGGGCCAUGCGGUACAUCAGCGACCAUCCCUGCCUGCGCUUCGUCGCCCUCGACAGCAGGAAACGCAACGGAGAGUCUCCUGAAGUUGGGCCCUCGGUUGUGGUUCACACAACUGUGAUGUUUGGGAGUGAGCACCUGGAUUCAGACCCUACAGAGGUGCAGCAGUUAAUUCUCGGUCACCUGGAGGAGCUUGUGCCAUCCCUACCUAAACCAGCCAGCACCAAAUGCCACAAGUGGAGAUACUCUCAGUUCAGCCCCACCUCACUGCCUGACCGCCCAGACCAUACUGCCUCAGUUGAGCUCGAGGAUGCAGUGGGAGAGAGUGUCAAAUGCUUUGCUGAAAUCAAAUUAAACUACAUCUGCUGCUCUGCCGUCAUCCAUCCACCUGGUUAUGUCUUCCACCAUCCACCACCAAGCUCCAGAAAAAAUGCAACCUGGGUAAAACACCAAUGCUGGAGUAUGGAGCAAGAAGCAAAAUGACAGAGAAGAUGGGAACUGGUUGUAGCUCUUGCUGGAGAAGCACAAAAUAGGAGGUUAAUCAUCUCACAACACAUUGCUCUGUAUCCAUAAUGAUCACACCACAGUCACACAGAUGUCUUCCACCCGACCCAUUUGGUGAGGUGUCGAAGGCUGGCAUCCCCCCAGGUGACAGGAUUGGUUUGUGUGCCAAGCCUUUUUCCUUGGGUGCAGCUGGGCCUUUCCUUUGAAAGACAGCCAAGCCCUUCCCCUUAGCUGAUGGCAGUGGCAUCUCCAGUUGCAGCCUGAAUCCAGUUUUGCUGGCAAAGUCUUGGUCAGACAAAUUACCUUGCAAUGGACCUCUACCAUGUUCUUCCACCCUGAGCUGGAACAGAGAGUUAAUACAGAUCCACCACCAGUUGCUCCUUGUGCUUUUGCUUCUCUCCACUCACCCAAAUGCCACAUUCUCCUGUAACAUCCAGAGCAGGUGAGAUGUGAGAUGGCACAAAUGGAUUUGGACCUGUGCCCACACGCCUGAUGCUUGGAUCCUCACUCUGAGCAGGCAGAGUUGCUGUCAACAUUGGGUGGCAUUUCCAGCUCUUGGUCUGACUUUUACUUCUUCUAUGUUUUUCAUGAAACUUGAGUCUUUUUUUCCUGUCUUUACAAAAUCUGUGAAUGCUUCAUAUGUGCAAGAGAUAAAGAUUCUUCAUAACCAUAACCACUAGAUGCAAUUUUUUACUUGUUCAAUUGUUAUAACUCUGCUCAGAUGCUGUUUCUCUGUGUGCCCAUGGAAACUGAGCCCACUCCUCCUUCCAGCCUCUCCAAGAAUGGAAAGAAUGCAAAGCAAGUGAACACAGCUCAGAAUUUUUUUUGUCCUCACAUUUAUUUGUCCUGAGUCUAGCGGAAGGGAAAUUGAGCUCUGAUAUUGACAGCAAGAGAGAUCUAAUAAAGGUGCU